AUGGAUUCCCACAAUGACAAUGAUAAUGAAACAUCUACCAACAGAAUGAGCAAGUGCGUGAAAGUUGGAUCUGGUCUGUUUCUCUUGGUCGUCGUAUCAGCCAUACUGGCAGUGGGAUCCUUUCCGCCUGGUGCCUCUAUCAUAUCACCGUCGUCAUUAUCAUUAUCCAAUGCAAACUCACAACCACACGAUCAAGAGAAGGAACAAAAAGAACGAGAGCUGUAUAUGAAUUGUGCCACGGACAAUGAUUGUCCAACUCUCUACUGUCCUACCCUGCCGUGUACCGCCUUUUACUGUGCGCCCGACAAGAUUUGUAUGGUCACCACAGCAACCAUGGCGCCGUCUGGUUUAUCAGGAAGUCUCACGUCGAUUACUCCAGGGCCAACACCCAAUACUCCCGUACCACCGCCAACAACUACACCUCCCAUGGUGACGCCUGCUCCCAUGACACCAUCACCAAUCACACCUGCUCCCAUGACACCUUCGCCUAUUACACCUGUUCCUGUUACACCAGCUCCAAUGACACCUUCACCUGUGACGCCAGCACCAAUGACACCUUCACCUGUGACACCUGCCCCCGUGACACCUGCCCCAGAAACUAUUCAGUAUACAUUUGCGGGCAAUGAUCGUUGCAGCAGUGCCGUGGGACCGUUGCCUUGGACAGCCGAAGGACUCGGGCCCAAUCGCAUUGAACUCCUUCACGGAUCCAAUGUCGGUGCCACUUUCGAUGCUACCCAGGCGGCACCCACAUGUAACAGUAUCUCCCACACCAGUCCAGGGGCGUGGUAUACCGUCAUUGGAACGGGAGAUCGCAUGACGGCCAGUACGUGCCAUAGCGGAACCAAUUACGAUACUGCCAUUUCCAUCUUGCAAGCCGGUGAUGGAGGAGGACGCAAUCGACAGCGAGGAUUGCGACGAAAGCUCAAGAAUGACGACAAGAACAAUGACAAGAACAACCAAGGCAAUGCACAAGACAACAACAACCAAGGAACCAGCAACAACAACAACAAUGCCGGUGGCUGCAAUGGUCUGACAUGUGUCGCCGCCAAUGACGAUGCCAGUGGAUUUUGUCAACUCGGCGGCGUCUACAGUACCGUUCGGUGGGAUUCCGUACGAGGACGCACCUACUACAUUCUCGUUCAUGGAUUCAACAACCGCGUGGGAAACUUUGAUUUGAACGUGAUCAAUGCGCGACCCAACAAUGAACGAUGUGACUCGGCCACGACACUGCCCAUUGGGGGCCCCAAUGUCAUUGGAACCACCUAUCAGGCCAAUCUGCCGUGGGGGGAUAAUCAGGCCACCAAUUGUGGCGGCAAAUUUGGUCUCAUUGGUGACACGAGCAGUGUCUGGUACCAUGUCACGUCGCCCGUGACACAAACACUGGAAGCGAGUACGUGUCAUCCUCUUACGGACUUUGAUACCAAGUUGCACAUUUUUGAAAACUCGUGCCAAAAUUCGGGCGGAUGUCUCGGUGGCAACGACAAUUACAAUUCACCGCAACGGUGUAGUUUGCACCAAUGGACGGCAGAGGCUGGAAAGAGCUACUACAUUCUGAUCCAUGCCAUGCUCACCGACAAUGGACUCUUUGAAUUGAGUCUAAGGUCCGUUUAA